AUGCGAAAAAUCGGGGUUUCGUCCACAGCUGCAUUGGGACAUCAUACACCAAAUAGAUAUACACAUCCAAGGAUUCACUGUCUCCAUAGCACCAGCAAAAACGACGAAAUUUCCUCAUCCGCUGCUCAAUCCACCGACAGUGUGACUUCCCCACUGAUAGAAAAAUGGGACCAGUCGGAUCGAUUUGAUCGUUGGAAAUUCCUCCAAGAAUUGUUGGAUGACUUGGAAGAGGAUGACGACACGGAAGAGCUUCUGUGUGCAGUUCUCAAAGAAUAUCCACUCGAUAAGAAGAAUGACGGUGUCCCCAUUGCCACCUCGGAACAAAAACAGAUUGUCCGGGACCUCGUUGCAACAGCCGCAGAAGAAGAGCAAGAUCCACCCAAAAUUCGGGUGUUGACAAAUGACGAGAUUUUGCGACAAGUAGAAGCAUUGAUUCCAGAUCCACAAGAAGAUGAAGAUGGUUUCAAAUCGGCUUGGGAUGCCGUAUUGGAAAUACACGGACAAGAAAUGGUCAAGGUCAAUGAAGAAGCAGCAACAGCACGAUGGAAGGCUCUUUGCAUUGUGGCGAGAGUCUUGAUCCACUAUGAGUUCCUAUCAGAAGGAAUACAAAAAGCACAAUAA